AUGUUGGCUGUUUUUGAAAAAUCAAUUAGUAAACCUCCCAAGGAACUGAUUCUUCCUUUUCCGGGGAAGUCCCAUCCGAACAGUUCUAGAGAAGAAAUUGCAGAAAUAUACCGUUCAUGGAGAUUCGAUUCGACCUUUUAUAACGUUCCCAAUGGGAACUUCUUGGCCUUAUCACAUGAAGAUGAAAAUCCGGUGCAUCCAAGGUCAAUUGUUGUUAUGGAUGAUAUUUUCUGCUUAUUCUCUGGUUAUUUGCUUAACGCUUAUGAGCUCCGACGAUAUUAUGGCCUUUCGCGACAAGCAACGGAAGCCAUGAUCAUAGUCAAGGUUUAUAAAGUAUUGCGCGAUCGAGCACCAUAUCCUCCCGAUCAAGUCGUCAAAGAACUUGACGGAAAAUUUGCUUUCAUUCUGUUCGACUCAAAAGCUUCAGUCCUUUUCCUUGCUCGGGAGUCGAGUGCUGAAUUCCCAGUUUGCGAAUUUUGCAGGCUGCUUAUUUUAAGUGGCAGCGUGUUAAUUAGUGUUGAUUAUUCGCUUCAUAAGGUACAAGGAAUUUCACGACAAGGCGAUGAAGGGAACAUCAAUGCUGUUAUUUUUCAAGUGGACUUGUACACAAGACUCCACAGCAUUCGACGUACUGAUAGUGCAGAGAAUUGGGCAGAUGUCAACAUUGUUGAAGGAGAGUAA